AUGGACUGCCCAGAUGAGGGGCCUCCUGCCAAGACCUGCUGCCUGAGCAGCUUGAAGCCCUCUCAAGAUAAGGUGCCAUUGCCACCUCCACUACCACCACAGCUCAUGCAACUGCCCCUGCCUCCACUGGAACAGCUCCUGAGGCUCAUGAAGGAAACAGAGGCAGCAGAGGUCCUGGCUGACAUGAGGAGGUUAAGGUUGAGCCCCACUCUGCUCCCACUGCCCCCCUGA